CAUAGUCUACUACAAUGUUGUAGGUACCUCUACCUUGGUACUAGAAAGAAAGUUGUUGAAAAAGUGCUUCUCAAAUUUUCCAAUCAACUGUAUUACCUUUUUACGAAAUUUUUUGCAGAUAAAAUGCGCCCAUCCAGCGAACACCUUCGAGUAUAACAGUUGAGCGAAAAAGCCACCGAGACGAUUUCAUUUGCGAAAACCGGCCUUUAUACGCUGUAGAGGAAAAAAAAACCACAGCCUUUUAAAAAUGGGUUGCACCGGAUCAACAAACGCUCUGCCGCCCGAUGCUAAAAGACCGUUGUUAAAAAAUAUGGUAAACGGUAUUAGUUCGAAUGGAGAGUUACCAUCUCCUGUAGCCUUUGUAGUUCCUUUGAACGAAGAAGAAGACAGUCUGAUUAAAAAACAUCCCCCUAAAAGAUUACAGCGUUUAGAGGAGCAACAAACAACGCCACCGCCUCUGACACAUAAAAUGCUACAAGAUAAAUUAGCGGAAGCCGAGCAACGUAGGUUACAGAUUCUAAACGAAAGGAUUGAAUCAGCAAAAGUUUUAAUGAAACCAAAAUGCGGUAAUGGAAAUGGAAAAUUAGUAAAUGGAAUGAAUGGAACACCUCCAUUGAUCGACGUCGAAGCCUGAAAUUGAGAAUGCGAAUCAUACUAUUAUUUUAUACUUAGUUAAAAUUAAGAUUUAUAUAAACAUAAGAACUAAGAUUAGUUUUUUUAAUCGAUGACAUUUCUUAUUCAAAAUUAAUCAGCACAAAAACCUGCCACUUUAAUUUAUAACAAAUUUCUCCCAGCAAAAUGUAUCCAAUCAAAUAAUUUCGUCGACGAAAUGUUUCCAUUUUAAGUCGCUUCCUUUUGCACAAUUGUUAAGAUUUUUGUAAUUUUUCAUGAUGUAUGAUUUUUAUUAAAUUUCGCACAAUUUUGAAAUACUAUUUCAUAAGAUGUCACUUCUUUAUGAAUAAAAUAAGAUGCCUAAUUUGAAGAACAACAACGAAAUUAUUUG